AUGGCUGGCCCGCAGCAGCAGCCCCCUUACCUGCACCUGGCCGAGCUGACGGCGUCCCAGUUCCUGGAGAUCUGGAAGCACUUUGACGCAGACGGAAAUGGGUAUAUUGAAGGUAAAGAACUAGAAAACUUCUUCCAAGAGCUGGAGAAGACAAGAAAAGUCUCUGGCAUGACGUCCAAGAGUGACAGCCUGGGGGAGAAGAUGAAGGCGUUCAUGCAGAAGUAUGACAAGAACUCGGAUGGGAAAAUCGAGAUGGCAGAGCUGGCGCAGAUCCUGCCCACCGAGGAGAACUUCCUGCUGUGCUUCAGGCAGCACGUGGGCUCCAGCGCGGAGUUCAUGGAGGCUUGGCGGAAGUACGACACAGACCGAAGUGGCUACAUUGAAGCCAAUGAGCUCAAGGGAUUCCUGUCUGACCUGCUGAAGAAGGCCAACCGGCCGUAUGAUGAACCCAAGCUCCAGGAGUACACCCAAACCAUACUACGGAUGUUUGACCUGAAUGGCGAUGGCAAACUGGGCCUCUCGGAGAUGUCCCGACUCUUGCCUGUACAGGAAAACUUCCUGCUUAAAUUUCAGGGCAUGAAGCUGACCUCAGAGGAGUUCAACGCCAUCUUCACCUUUUACGACAAGGACGGCAGCGGCUACAUUGACGAGAACGAGCUGGACGCCCUUCUGAAGGACCUGUACGAGAAAAACAAGAAGGAAAUGAACAUCCAGGAGCUCACCAACUACAGAAAGAGCGUCAUGUCCUUGGCCGAGGCGGGGAAGCUCUACCGCAAGGACCUGGAGAUUGUCCUCUGCAGCGAGACCCCCCUGUAAAGGGGAGACGGAGGCGGCCUCUCCUCCUCCCCAAACCCCGCCCCCGCUGCCCUGACACUCCUCCCCAGACCCGGAGAUCUGGGGCGCCCCUCCCCACGCCCCUGCCACCUGCAGAGCAGGAGAGGAGAGG